GUGGGCCAGAAGGGGGAGGGGAGAUGACUCACAGGAGAGGGAGGUGUUGUCGGAGGGUCCCGACUUUCCCAAAUACGAGCCCGGCACGGGAGCAAGUAGGACACAAAAGAGGCAGCGUUUGGACCGCCAGCGCAACCGCAACAACACCGACAUCGCGGUCUUCAGCCUGCCGGUGCCGAGGACCAGCAGACGACCUGAAGAAGUAGAAGACCUGAAGGAGGAGACUAAAAGAAGAACUGAAGAAGGAGACUAGAAGAAGACCUGAAGAAGACAAGAUGUCCAACGCUCUGCUGAGGAGAAACUCCAGCAAACAAGGUCUUCAGAAGCUGAUCAGGCUGACGGCGCAGAGGAGCAUUGAAGACGCAGAGGAAGUGGAGAGGGAGCGUCGGCGGCGAGCUCGCGAGACGUCCUGUCGCAGGAACAGCGACUCAGCGCCUGCGGAGGAGAAUGACAUGUGCGAGGACGAUUUCAAGCCUAGCAGCUCUCCUUCCUUGGAGGAGGACGAGGGCUUCAGUGACUGGACGCAGCGGCGAGAGAGGCGGAGGCAACAGCGCCUCCAGGAGGUCGUCCGUCGAGGCGAGGAGGACGAAGAGGAAGAGCGCGCCGCCGGUAAAGGGUCCUCUGCUCGCCUGACACGUCACGAUAAAGACGCGCAGGUGGAGACGAGGGACGAGGACGCCAAAAAGGAGACCGGAGACACCAGAAGACCGUCGUACACCUCCAAAGUUUUCCUCGUCCAGGAUCCCAAACACUCCGAUACGCAUGCAGCCCACCAGGAAGUGAGGUCAUCCCCCGAGAACCAACCCAGGAAGUCCGCCAGGUCCGGAGACCAGGGUGAGGCAGACGCCAUCGCGGAGGCCGAGCGGCGCCUGCAGAGGAUCCAUCGAGGCCUCCAAGAGAAGGAGAGCCAGGAGGCGGAGCUGCUGAGGCAGAGGCAGGCGGAGGCGGAGCAGGAGCUGGACGAGCUGAAUAGGAGGCGGGAGCUGAGGCGCCAUGUCCGCCAGGAGGAGGAGCGACGGAGGGAGGAGGCGGAGCGGCAGCGGCUCGCCGAGGAGGAGGCGGAGCAUCAGAGGAUGAAGGAGGAUAUGGAGAGGAGGAGGACGCACGCCGCGGCGAGGAUUAGGAGCAUGAGCGAGCGUGACGCCGACGGCGCCUUCUGCCCCUUCACCCCCAAGACGUCCACCCACAAAAUCACUGAGAGGACAGAAUCUCUGAACCGCUCUCUGAAGAAAAGUAACAGUUUCAAAAAGACACAGCCACUCGUCCUGAUGAGCAAGAUCGACGACAAGAUGGAGCAGUACGCCCACGCUGUGGAGACCUCUCAGGAACCUCGAGGGGCGAAAACGCCGAUGGCCGACAUUCCCAACUCGCUGGAGGCGGUCACUUCCAAGAAGAACCUCUUCGAGGCUGGCCAGGUCUGGACCAGCAGUCCCGCUAAAAUACCGUCGGGCAAGGACACUGAUGGGUUAAAGGUAGGCGUGGCCAACCUGAUCACUCAGUGGGUCAAAGGUCAGCCGGACUCCAGCCGAUCCUCACCGAGCCGACCCGAAGAGGUGAAGUACGGGGACGUGAUGCAGAAGAAGAACUUGUGGGAGAUCAUCGCAGAUCCUUCAGGGAGGCCUGCACAAAACAUGAAGGGCUCCGCAGCAAACAAGAAGUACAAGUUCGUGGUGACCGGACACGGCAAAUACGAGAAGAUGGCCGCGGGACGUGGGGACGUCUCCGAUGCGGAGUCUGAUUUAUAACAAAAGGAACACUGUGGUGGUCUCGUUUCAUCAGCUUGGACCGAAUCAUCAGCAUCAACGCCAACGAACCCCCCGUCAUUACACCCUCGUUACAUUAACUACUUUCUGUAACGACAGCCAAUCACAUUGCAGCGCUUCUUGGUCUGGGUGUGCACACAUUAAGGGUGGAACGCUCCACAAUAUCCCUAGGGUCAGCUUUUGCUACGUGUCGCACAGUAUUUGCACACAGUCGCACCUUUAUAAAGGUUUCAUAAAUCAUUUUCUUAAGCCUUGUGUGGUGUUUGGGUCUGUGGGACCCUUUUUUAAUCUUUUUAUUAAAAGAAAAAUGAUACAAUUGAGUAAUUUUUCAAACUGAGACUCACUGUCUUUGGCUCAUUUUACGUGAAGAACAUACAUCAGAAUACAUAUUUAAUGACCACACACCAUACACCCCCCCUACACAUUUCAACUACAUAUAAGAUGUCCGGGGCCACUGGACCCAGGGCUAAUAGAAGUGUGGAAAUUGAUGUUCUGUGUACCACACGCAACCACCUGCCCACCCACAGCAGGCCUUGACAGGAGGAGGACAGAGUGUAGGUACACAGAACGUCAGAGCGUCAAAUGUGCGACAAAAUGAGAGCAGACAGUGUUGACAAACAAUGUGGCAACCUUGUGUGGGAACCGCAGGUGCAGAAACACCAAAGAAGAAUGCCCACGGAAUGCAGAAACUGGCAGAGAAAUUUUCCGUGCAACGUUCAUAUUGUUGUUACUCAGCCAGUGUUUGUGGGUCUGAUAGACAUUUUGUGGCUUUUAAUGCCUCACAGUUAAACACUUUUAUGUUAAAAUACCAUAUCCCAAUAAACAAUGGGUCCAUAAGACCCACAAAUGCUCGCUGAGUAAAAACAAUAUGAUCGUUACAUAAGGGUUAAAGCGUUCCACUCCUAAUGCGUAUAUUUAUAAAUCCAUCCCCUGAAGAGCAGGGAAACCUGGAAACAGGCUUUGAGGGAUGAAAUAGCCUGUCUUUCAAUCACUGGGGUUUCUUUUCUUCAUUUUUUUUUCUUGCUUGUAUUAAAAUGUAUUUUCUUUUUUUUUAUUCAAUAAAGAUCUUUUUUAUAUUA